AUGGCAGAGCAGAACAGCCGCGAUGUGGUAGAUCAGACCCUGUCGGGCGGCGAGCCUUCGCCUUCCGACGUUCCUGCGAGCACAACCGACAAGACUUCUGCUGGAGAGGACGCGGGGGAGACCAAAAAUAUCGCACCCACUUCAGAAACUCAAAUAAUAUCUGAACAACAAUCCAACGACGUGACGAGAGAUACGCCUGAAUCUCAAGGCAAACGGACUGGAGGUGACAAGGAUACCGGGAGCUCUUCGAUGGUGGGUACCGUUGACGGAAUAGAAGAGGAUAAUCAGCUGAACUGGUUGCAGGAUGCUUCAAAGCAGGGUGCUGGGCUAGUUGCGUCCAGAGCUCUCGAGCUGAAUGGACUAGCUUCGGCAUCAGAUGGCGGAGACGAUACGGCUUCUCAAGGUGGUUCGGAGUCGGAUACUAGUCGGACAGAUGGUAGACAUCACACGCAAACAGGAUCGGUGAAGAAGCCUUCGACAUUCAAGCCAAUGUCUUUCACGAAAUUCACUGUGCCAAAAGCGCCGGGGGUCCCUGCCCCUCCCAAAGCGCCUGAAAAAGUUCCCUCUGCCUCUACUACUCCUCUUGGGACACCACAACCCAGUUCACGCCCGCGCUUGGUUGCGAAGACUACCAGCGGAAUGCGCGAUUCCACCUCCAAGACCGGUGCAGGUGGUGCGAAGUCAGGCGGGUCGGGCCCAGACCCCAAUCAAGUCUGGAACAAAAAUCGACCUGUUCAGCCGCCACCACAAAAGCACUUGACGGAUGAAGAAUUGAAACAACAAUAUGGUAUCCACAUGACAUCCAGAAUCCAAGAGGAUGCUGGUGGGACUGAAUCGAAAUGGGCGGAUAUCGACGAUGAUGAAGAUGACUGGGCGCCCGAGACAAUUGAAUGGACGGAUGGAACCAAAGUCACACUCACUCAUACUGACCAUCCACCGCCGCCAGAGGAAAGCGUCCCAGUGCCAAAGGAGGCGCCACCUCCAGAGCAGAUAGCGGUGCAAGAGACCCCUAGAAUAGCUGCGCCGAAGCCAACUACCUCCGUGGGACCAAAUCCAACUGUACUCCGGCUUGGAGCUAGCGCUGAGCGGCAGGCCAAGGCCGCAAGUAUUUCAUCUAGAGGAACAAAUGACCGCAUGCCUUCGGGCUCGACGAGUCCAGCACCUCUGCCGGCUAAGUCUCCCUGGGCAGCGCUGCCUCCUGUGGAGAGGGUUUCUCCAGUGAACCCGCCUUUGCAACCGCCUCCAGUAUCGCAGCCCCGCGGCGGCCACGCUAAUUACCCCCACCGAGAAGAUGGUCAUCAUGGCGGAUUUCCUCCCCAAGAGAUUGCGGCCGAUGAUUUCAAUCGCACUUGGCGGGAGACAACUUCGGGGGCGCCUCGAGAGCUCUAUAACUCUCGAUCUGGUCGCUACGAGCCUGUGGCAGAUAAUAGAAAACCUUCGUGGCGGCAGGAUCAGGGCCCUCGGCCUCCUGCUGUGCUGCAGCGGCCUAGCCAUGGCGAACACGCCGGACCUGCGGAACCGUCAGCGGCAUUCCAAACACACCGAUCAAGUCACCAGGAUGGUAUGGGCUGGAACCGUCGUCGCACUUCGUCGAAUGUGAGUGGCGGAAGUGGAAGCUUUGGUCGUCGUUUGUCCUUUAGCCGAGAUGCGCCUCCCCCACGAUACAAUGAUGCUCGGAGAGGCUCUCAUGCAAAUGGUAUGGCCGAUCCAGCGCUAAUGGGUCGUGAGCCGGGGCAAGUCCGUGAAUCUUCACCAAAUCGUCAUGCUGGAGCAGGAUUGCCUGCACCACCAUCAUUGAGUAUGGCUAGUGAAUCCUCGGCAGUGGAGAACCAGCCAGCUCCAAUUGUAGCACCGGAAGUGCCGCAGGAAGACCCGCUUGUUCUGCAAGAGCGCAUUAUGAAGGAAAAACGAUUGGAGGCUAGACAGCGCCGUCUAGAACAGGAGGAGCAAGAAAAGCAAGCUAGAGAAGAAAGAAUUCGUCAGAAGCUUGCAGCAUUGGGACCUCCCCCAGAUAAGAAACGCAAGGAUAGCAUCGAGAGUCGCAAGCCUCAGGCGCCGGUGUCAAACACAUCUCCUGCUGCAGUGGUAUCUUCACCUCCCAAGCCCCCUGUGCCGGAGCCUACGGGUGAACCUAAGCAGUAUGGGAUGAUGAAAGUUCACCAUCCGGAUUCAGUGAAGAAACUUGUCGCAGCUAAUGAAAGGGAACGUGCUGCUGAAAAACAAACCGACAAAACUUCACCUCACUUGCGUCGUGCUGUUUCCCCCCACCACGAUUCUUCACAUCCCCCAACUGCCCCUUCCUCCAUCCAUCACCCACCUACUGAACCUCGCCCUCAAGAUCCCAAAGUCGAUGACCAAGAUGGCCAGCGGCGAGGAAAUUUGAACGUUUCGAAUUCCUACGCUCCUUGGUCGACUGGCCCCAACCUUCCUUCGACCUCUCCCUCAGUGAAUAACUUAUGGAAGCCUUUGAGCAGUGAUCGUACCCUAGGAAACGGUAUCUUUGACCCAAGCCUUGGUGGCUUCCCCUCCCGAGAACUCCCCCUACGCGGCCAGCUGAAUCUCGAUCAACCCACCAUGCCUUCUGCUUCAUCCUUCCCCCCUCAGGAAGCAGCCACGAUUCCUUCUUUGCCAUCACCUGAGACUAGACAUGUCUCUUACGACCCGCUGAGUCCCAUUGGCCGCCCUGGUCCGAUCGGUCCACCUAGCUCUCAAACCCCUCAGUGGCAGGCUGACCGCGUCAACGCCUGGCAAAACUUUGGUCUCAUUGCCAAGGAACGUGAGGGCGAAGCCGGUGACAAAUUUCGCCAGCAAUUCAAAGAGACUCAAAAGAGGCGACAGGAAAUUCAGCAUGCCAAUCGUGAUCAGCCUGCUAAGCCACCCUCGACAAUCAACCAUUUAUGGAGGAAAGUCGUGCUUAGUGAUGAUGGAGUUAGACGCACGACCGCAGCUCCUGCGACGGAUGACCCUAAGGCUUCUACUCAACCCCCAAUUGAGCCUGCUCUUGAACCUGUUAUUGAGCCUGUGAGGCGCAAUGUCGAUGUUCAACAUAACAACCAAACUUUGAAGCCUGCUACGUCAUCUUCGAAUCCCUUGAACAGCCUCGAGACCCCUGCAGAUGGCCUCUCGUUCGCAGAUAGCCACGCGCGUUCCCAUACAAAUGUGCCUGCCCGCAGCUCAAGAUUCUUCCCUCAUGUGUCCGAGCAGCCCAAGCUGUACUCUAACGGACCCGGCCGACCACUGGUUCAUUUCCCUCCUGCCAAGCCUGUUGUCAAGCUGCCACCCAAGGCCGUGGUUGCUGUGCCUGCACCUCCACGGACGUUUGCCUCUAUGGCUGCGGCACCCCCGCAGGCCAGCCCUACUCCUGUACCUAGUUCGGCUGCAAUUUCCUGGCAAGAGAAGUUCAACGGUCUAUUUGGAAAGAAGACUUCCCCGGAGAAGAAGAGCGUCUUGGCUGUCGCUUCUGCUACGAAAGAGCCUCUUGAUGUUCAGCUGCCAGCCGCAGCAGUGUCUGUUUCUUUCCCCAACCAAGUUGAGGUUGAAGUCAGUGUGCAGACUGGUGAUGGAGACCUUGCUGCGCGCCAGGUGGCAGAGGCAGAAGCAAUUUUUGAGGAUCGUGAGCCAGGCUCGCAGCCCGGUGUUCGAGUCCCCAACAUGGCUCCGCCCGCCGCAUGGCAUGCCUCGGGCCCUCCUCCACUCUCUCGAACACGUUUUAAGCAGCUGAAGCCGAUGCAGGUGCAGAGCAUUGAUUCUUACUGGUUUGGAACUGGUGAAAGAGAUAAUCACGGGAAUACUCGUGUGGCUGUACGAGUCCCUGGUCAAGAGACCUGCCAGACAGUGCUCAUGCCUAGAAAACCUGGUCAAAACCGUCACCGCAACUCGUCUAAUCCGAAAAACGCUCGCAAGGGCCCCAAGCCGCGCGAUGCAUCCGGGGGAUCUACCUGGAACAAGAAGUCCUCUUCGUCCCAGCAGAGCAAUGCUCCAACGUCUUCCCCUCGUCAUCAAUCGCGAAACGCAUCAUGGGGGCCCCGAAAUCAGAUUGGCUCUUAG